CGCGACACGCGGAUCGGAUCGCGCGCGCGCCCGACGGUCGUCCGACGACGCGCGAACGAGGACGACGCGCGACGCGCGAGACCGCGAUCGAACGAGGACGCGCGAAGGAUGCGCGCGGCGACGACGACGACGCCGAUGUCGCGGGCGAUGCGGGCAACCGGUGUGGAUAAACCUCGCGCGGUGCGGGCGUCCGCGGUGCGGGCGCGAGCGACGCGGGGAGGCGCGACGCGCGCGCGGGCGGCGGCGCAAGGGAUCGAACAGGAGGUGAAGAUCGACGCGGCGCCGACGACGCUGCUGAGAGAGGGAUCGGGCGAGGAGGGGGACGCGACGCAGAUGCGGGCGAGGUUUGAGAAGAUGAUUCGCGCGGCGCAAAAUGAGAUUUGCGACGCGAUCACGGCGUUGGAUGGGAAGCCGUUUCACGAGGACGCGUGGACGCGACCGGGUGGUGGUGGUGGGAUCUCGCGCGUGUUGCAAGAUGGGAACGUGUUCGAAAAGGCUGGCGUGAACGUGUCGGUGGUGUACGGACAGAUGCCGCCCGAGGCGUAUCGGGCGGCGACGGGGGAGGAAGGCGCGUCUAAGGAGAUGAUUCCGUUCUUCGCGGCGGGUAUUUCGAGUGUUAUGCACCCGCAUAAUCCGAUGGCGCCGACCGUUCACUUCAACUACCGUUAUUUCGAGACGGAUGCCCCCAAGGGCUCCGCGGGCGCGCCGCGCGCGUGGUGGUUUGGCGGCGGCACGGAUUUGACGCCGUCGUACAUUUUCGACGAAGACGUCACGCACUUCCACCAAACUUUGAAGGAUAUCUGCGAUAAGCACGAUGGCGAGUUUUACCCGAAGUUCAAGCAAUGGGCGGAUGAUUAUUUCAUGAUCAAGCACCGCGGCGAACGUCGCGGCGUCGGCGGCGUCUUCUUUGACGACAUGAACGACCGCAGCAAGGAUGAACUCCUCGCGUUCGCGACGGACAUGGCGGGCGGUGUCGUCCCGGCGUACGUCCCGCUCGUCGCCAAGCACAAGGACGAUGAGUUCACGCCCGAACAACGCGCCUGGCAACAAAUGCGCCGCGGUCGCUACGUCGAGUUCAACCUCGUGUACGACCGCGGGACGACGUUCGGUUUGAAAACCGGCGGUCGCAUCGAAUCCAUCCUCAUGUCUCUCCCGCGCUACUGCGAGUGGCAAUACGACCACGCGCCCGAAGCCGGUUCUCGCGAGGCCGACGCGCUCGACGCUUUCAAGAACCCGAGAACGUGGUGCGCGUAAGCGCGCCUCGUCCCUCGAGCGCGUGCUCUCUUAGUUUCGCCUCGUUCCGUCGUCGCGUCGACGCGCGUCGACGCGCCGCCUGCCGAGGCCCCUUUACGCACCAUUCAAUCAUUCAAACGACGAAGAUUCGAGUUUUA